AUGAGUGCAUCGAUGGGUGGGCCCUCGAGUGGUACUCAAACCACUGCACAAGUUAACACCACCGAAGCAGUGAAUAAAACGAGCACAUCUCCUCGACCAUCUGCCACAGUCCUUCCACCACCUGCUACAACCGAAGUGGAAGAAAAACCAGAAGUCGAUGAUGGGAUGAGACUUGGCGAAGAAGCCCGCGACUACUAUCCGCCGGUGAAAGUUGAAGCAAAUGGAAAUGCUCACAAAUCGGCUUCGGAUCGACCGGAAACCGAUAGAACAUCGACGGUGGCCACCUGCGGUACUGCCGAAGAUGACAGUACUACAGCUAUACCUAGUGUGGAUAGCACAGUAGAAGAGCAGGAUGUAGACGUGGGUGUGGACGACGGUGAUGGUAGCGAUGCUCAACAGCCGGGACCAGCUGGAAUUAUCCGAAAAGCUUCAGCUGCUCCACAAAUUGACGCCGAACAAUUGCGAUGUGAUCCGGACUUUGCUGUCAUCUGCAGUUUUAUCAACAAAUUCUUCACUCUCAUGAGAAUGGAACCGGUCAGUUUUCCACAACUAGAAAAUAUGUUCACUACAUUAGAGGACGGCAGAGUGUCUAAAGAAUUGGUUGACCUUCAUCUGAAGCUGCUACGUCGUUCUAUUGUGAAGACCGUCAGUAAUGACAGUUUUGAAAAGUGCCUACUUAAGUACCUCGGCAGUACUGGUUUACUAGCAUCGGAAAAACGACAACUGGAGACAUAUGGAUACGUCCAUAUGUCUAUAUCCAGCAAGUUGAAGAUCCUGAGAACAUUGUGCGAGUUACAAUUAGAGCAUAAUUUGAGGUUAAGAGAAAGUAUACCAACUGCGUUAAGAGCGAUGGAUAUGAGACAUAUGGUAACGGGAGUGGAUAAGGAUGGUCUUGCUUACUAUUUCCAGAUCGAUUCAAAAUUUGGCCUACGCUUAUACACAACGGAACAAGAUGAUGAAAGUGGUUAUUCAUGGACCUUAGUGGCACGUGACAUGACGGAUCUCGAGAGUCUCAUCGCAAAGUUAAAGGCCGAAGAUUUGGGUUACGUAAAGAAUCCAAACGAUAAACGCGACUUUAAUAAACCUGGUGAAGGUGAUGCUGAUCACACAUUGACAAACAUGGUAACAAAGAAAGGCACGUUUGUCGACAUGUUCCUUGACGAAGCAGCAAUAAAGCGAAUGAGAGAGACGAUGGUGAAAGAGAAGGAAGAACGACGAAAUAGACGAAAUGCUAGGAUUGAGAAUCCUCAAGAGACACAGGAGGAAGCUGUCCACGAGGAAGAAGAAAAACAAGAAGAGGUCGAAGAGGGUGAUCGUCGAAUUUUACCCCGUAGAAGUGCAUCUCAAAAGGCUCAGACCAAUAUCCGAAAGUACAUUACUCCGAGGAAGACGCAUGAGAAAAAACCGAACGUUUCCGAAGUGAAUGAGGACAUAAAAGAAGAGGUUGUGAAGAGGGACUCGUCGACACCAGCCGUUUCCGACGAAUCGGACGGAUCUGCAGGCACAUCUGAUGGAGAAUGUGAUGGAUCUGCAAGCAGUGAUGACGAAUUCAAGCCAAAAACCCCUAGAAAAUCUACAGGGAAGCGCCGAGGUAGAAAGAGGAAGAUCGUUGAUGAUAUGGAAGAUGAGGAUGAUUCAGGCGAAGAGGAAGAAGAGGUUCGUCGAAGAGCUGAAGGUGAUUUUUCAUGUGGUGCUUGCAAACGUAGCGACAAUGAAGAAAUAUUGCUGUUAUGCGACAAUUGUGAUGAUGCAUGGCACACGACGUGUUUAAAACCACCUUUAUGGUUCGUUCCUGGUGGAAAGUGGUACUGCCCAAAAUGUGAACAUGGAAUGUUGAUCGAAUGUCUCACAUACGUCCAAGAGAUGCUCUUAAUUCAUCAGAAAAAAGCAGCCGCAGAGGAAAAGAAAAGGAAAGCGGCAGCAGACAGAUUCCGACGGGAAAUGGAGUACAUUGGUGUCUCAUUGAACAACAUCAUUCCAACCACAUUAAAACAAAGCGCUGUGGAUAGUUCAAGUUCAUCUUCAAGUGAUGACGGACAACGUCGUAGUAAGAAGAAAGCGGUCAAGAGAAUUACUCCGAAUGUACGUCGAUACACGCCAAUCCAAGUCCAAACGGUUGCUGAGGGACGGUCAAGGAGAUCCGUAAAGAAGGUUGACUACAAAUUCUCCGAGUUUGAUUCCGUGAUCAAAGAAGCGUGUAGACUGAACGAAUCCCCUCCUCCACCUGAUGCAAUGAAAGAGGUUGCUCGCCCACAAGGAGGUGCAGGUCGAGGGAAGGACAUGGCAAAUAUUAUAGAAGCUCAGAAGCAACUAGAAGAUGGUACACCAAGAGCUUCAACCGGAGCUCCUCCACGUCAAAUUCCUAAACAUCGUCGAAAAUUGAAUGAUUUGAAUGACAACGAUGAUUCAGAUUCAGAAUCGGAUGAGUAUAAGGCAAAUGAAUCAGAAGAGGAGGAAGCUGAUGAGGAUGCGCAGUCCUCAUCCGAUUAUGUACCUUCGGAGACUGAACUCAGACGAGAAAGAUCUGGAGGAGGCGGUGGACGCGGUAGACUUGUUGCAACUCAGAGCGAUGAGGAUUUCAUCGUUUCCGGUUCCGACGAUAGUUAUGCCGGUCCUAGACGGAAGAAGAAGAAAAAGGUCAAAGAAAAGUCGAAGAAACGAUCUCGAUGGCAAUCGGAGAGCGAUUCCGAGGAAGAAGAGGAUGAGGAUGAGACAUAUUCAGAUGACUCAGAGGCUAAGAAAAAGAAGAAGAAAACACGUGUAGAGGUGUACAGCGAUGAAACUAACGACGAAGAUGAUGAGGUAGAGCCAGAAGAGGAAGAUGAGGACAGCGAUGCUCCUCGAACUCGAACUGGCAGACCUCUCCGGAAAGCGGUGGUAAAAUCAAAAGCACCAGUUGUGGAGGACAGUGAAGACGAGGAUGAAAGUAAUGAGAAUGAAGAUGCGGAAAACGGUGAAACUGAACAGGAAGAGAAAGUUCCGGAUGAGAAGAAGGCGAAAAAGAGGAAAAUAACUUCUGAUUCUGAGUCGGAUGUCUUCGAACCAGAUGAGGACGCUGAGAACGACGAAGAUGACGAUGAAGAGGAAGAAGAGGAGGAGGAAGAGGAGAAAACACCCCUUCGACGAGCACUGCCAAUUCCGUGUAGACCUCCAGUCGCAUCCGCAACUAACUCCGCGCAGCCUCCCAAGUCAACGACCGAAGCCGAAGACAAGAAUGAAGAGUCAGACAUGGACAGUGACAAUGACCUAGAUCUCAAACCGAAGGUUAAGAAGCCACGCCUGGAACCAAACCCUGCGAAAAUUCCUGAUCCUCCAACCGGAGUCGACCCUCUUGAGAAAAACGGUGUUCCUCCCUCAGAAUCAAAACCGAACCCAAUCCCCAGUGCUGUUCCUGUUUCGCAAUCAAAUGCCCCGCCUCCUGCUAAACCAUUGGCUCCUCCUACGUCCACUCCGAGUGUCCCGGCUCAAACAACUGAGAGAAAACCUCUAGCUGCGGAGAAGCCGUCGACUCCUUCACAACCUGCAGCUCCUCCUAGAGCUGUUACGGAUCUCAAAGAAGAGAAACCACGAGUCGUAGCAGGAACACCGACGUCAACUAAUACGACGGUGCAGUAUGUGCCUGCUGCGAUAGUGCCGGAGGCGAAAAUUUUAACGAGUACAGCUACAUCUCUAUUGGCCCCUUCAUCAAUAAGAUCAGAAGGGGUGCCGACUGAUACCACAGCACCAUCGUAUGCUGCUACCGAAAGGAGUGCGAAUAUAGGACUACCCACGCUCGUUCCAAAUCCGUACGCGAACGCACCACCACUUCCUCAAAUGCCUUAUUGUGCUGCCCCUCAAGGACCCGUAGCGUACGUAUCGAAUCCGUACGCACCAUAUCCUCCCAACGCACCGCCAUUCCCUCCCGGACCGCCGGCGAUGGGACAUCCUCAUAUCGGCUAUAUACCUGGAGUUGUACCGAAUCCAUACGGGCAACAACCGAGCAUGCCGCCGCCGAAAAGUGGCACUCGCGACCUUCGUUCCUUGUGA